AUGACUACCGCAAAGACAGUCAAGUCCGAGCAAGGGCUUGGUAAUCGAGCCCUUCUGGACAAGAUGGACAAGCUACGAGAGCUAGGCAUCUCCAACAUGGUGCCUCUCCCUCAGAUGGUUGUCGUUGGUGACCAGAGUGCUGGCAAGUCCAGUGUCCUCGAAUCUCUUACUGGCUUUCAUUUUCCUCGCUCAGUAACUCUCUGCACUCGCCAUGCCACAGAGAUCAUCUGUCGUCGCGAGGAAACGGAGAGCAUUGUUGUCUCUAUCCAUGCUGUCGAUGCAGAUGAAGAACAAGCAAAGUCCUUCCAUCGCACUGCGACUAACCUCGACGCCGAGGAGUUUGCUCAGAUCUUCCAAGAUGCCGCCAAGGUGAUGGGCAUCAAGUCAGAGUCUGGCGAUGGCUCUACUGGCUCUACUGGCUCUGCUUUUAGUCGCGAUGUUCUCCGCGUCGAAAUCAGCGGCCCCAACGAAGAUCACUUGACUGUCAUCGAUGUCCCCGGAAUGUUUGAGAACGUCACUCCUGGCGUCACCACCAAAGAAGACAUUGAGCUCGUCAAGAACAUGGUGCAAAAGUAUAUCCAAGAGUCGCGUACCAUAAUCCUCGCUGUCGUUCCUUGCAACGGCGACAUUGCGAACCAAAAGAUUCUCACUUACGCCAAGGAAGUCGACCCCGAGGGCAAGCGAACUCUCGGUGUUCUCACAAAGCCUGACUUGGCUGUUGAAGAGGCUACGAAGGCUGUUGUCGUUGACCUCGUUCGUGGAAAGCGACGUGAUCUUCAGCUUGGAUACUGUGUUGUGAAGAACCGAAGUGCAGAUGACAGUUCUUCCAGUGCUGAGGAGCGAACUCGCGCUGAGAAAGAGUUCUUCUCCAAGGCGCCUUGGACUAAGCUAUCCCCUGACAGACUUGGUAUUCCGGCGCUCAAGGUCCGUGUCCAACAGCUUCUCAUGGACCGAACCAAGAGCGAGUUCCCCAAGGUUCGCGGUGAUCUUUCGAUGCUUCUCAAAGAAACUGAGGCCCUUCUCAAAGAUAUGGGCCAGUCACGCAGCACCACUGAGCAGCAACGUAUCUACAUUGGACAGAUUGCUGCUCAGUUCACUCGCAUCAAGAACUGCGGCCUCGACGGCCAGUACAGUCGCGAGGCACUCUUCGACAACGGCACCAAUCUGAAGCUCAUCACCCGUAUCCGUGAGACCAAUGAGGAGUUUGCAAAGACACUCUACAAAUGGGGAGAGACGCGCAAAUUUCACCGGCCUGAACAUAAGACCAAACGAGGAACCAAAGCAGUUUUCAGUGAACCUCGUGACUUGCUCAAUCGUAGGGUAGGUAUGCCGAAAGGCCUCAACAGGACGCUCGAUGGCCGUAGCGGGCUAUACCAUCAAGGGACGUCUUUCCAGAUUCCCAGUCUAGGAGAGGAGGAUCUUGAGGAUGGUGUUCUUCAUGACCCUAUCGAAUGGCAAGACGAGAAUACUGAAGAUAUCAUGGAAUUCAUCGAGCGAGAGUGGCUUGCUUCUCGCGCUUAUGAACUCGGCACCUUCGGUGGUGAGAUGCUGCCCAAGAACUUCAAGGAGCAGUCCAAGAACUGGCCAAACGCGGCUCGAGCUCACAUCGCCAAUGCAAUUCUCAUUGUCCACCAUUUCAUCAACAGUGUUCUCGAGCAUGCCUGUCCUGACCCGGACAUUCGCGGGGAGCUCUGGAACUUCCUGGUCGACGACCUUCAAUCCCGGUACAAGCGUGCCGUUGACCAUACCGAGUUUCUUCUCAAGGUUGAGUUCGAAGGGAGAAGCAUGACCUACAGUCCCUCUUUCGGCAGCGACUUGACCGACAAUAGAUCCAAGGGCGAGGACUUGGGCGAAUUGGUCAAGAACGCCACACUGGAUGGCUACGAUGAUUGCCAGUCAGCAAGCGAGCUUGCUACGUAUGUUCGUGACGCUGUCGAGGGCAGACCCAAGCCUACUAACCUAGCCACCAUCUGCCAAGACAUUCACGAUGUUCUUCUGACCUAUUACGACAUCGCCCGCAGUCGAUUUGUCGAUGUUGUCUGCCGACAAGUCAUCGACUUCUUUCUCCUCGACGACACUGACGGUCCUCUCACCGUUCUGUCCGACCAGGUUGUGUUUCACAUGACACCUGAGCAACUUGAGGCUAUUGCUGGCGAAGACAUGCUCAGCCGCGAUCGCCGUGAGAAGUUGACCCGUGAUGUGGCAAACCUGAAAGAAGCGCUCAAGGUUCUCCGUGGAUGA